AAGAUGGCGAAGACAAAAGUUACACCUGGUCAACCCAGAAGAUGUCCCAUGUGCACCUUUGUUGCAAAGACAGGAGAGGAAUAUAGGUACCAUGUCUUGGAGUGUGCCAUGAGAACAUUCAACUGCACCUAUUGUAGCUACUCCAGUAAUAAAGAGAUUAAUGUCAAGAGACAUGAAAAGAGAAGUCAUCCAGGUUUGCUAGGAGAGCCAAUCAAGUUGGACAGCAAAUCAGCUGACAGACCCAUGGAGGCAACAGUCAAGAAACAGUCAACACCUCAAGAACCUAUCUCCGAUUCAGAAGACUGGUUGAAACAGGAUUAUGGAGACGUCAUUGGCGAGGUUUCAGCUUCAGACCAAUCAGAUAGCAGCUCAUCUUCAGAUGAUGAUAGUGAAGAGCCUAAAGAGAAACCUGAGUCAAAGAAAACAGUUGUUGCAGGGGAUAAGGCAUCUGAAACGCUUUUGGAGGGGAGGAUCAUCAGGAAACAAACAGUACCCACCAAACCACACACGCCAAAGUUGAAGAACCCCAUUGCAGUCGCCUCUAGUAAGCCAGAGUGUACCAGGCAGGAUGCGUCAGUUCCCGGUAACAAGCGAAAAGUGGAAACAGCAGAUGCCAGCACUCAGACUGAAGCAUGUCAAAGGAUUGUUACGACAAAGCGAACCAAGAGGUUUCGUCAAAAUGAGAUGGACAUUGAGGAAAUAGAAGAGGAACGAUUUGUUUUGUUUGACAUUUAAGUAAAUGUUGU